AUGACGCCUCAGGCGGACCUCUUCCGGAUCGAGAGCCGGCUCAAGGGCAUCAACGCGUUUGCGCCAAUCCUGCGCACCGAGAAGGCGCAGGUGGAGUCCAAGGCGUGCUGCGGGUGGGUCAAGGGCGAGGUGGUCGCCCACAUGUACUGUGACGAGUUCGUGCCGCUAGAAACGGAAGCCGUGUCCACGUUCAUGCCGCCCGGGAUGGUUGCUCCCUACCAAGUGAAGCUCGACAGUGGCGAGCUCAUCUGGGCGCCCGAGGAUGUCAACAACCUGAUCCGCAAGGCCUGAGGGGGGAAGGAGGGGCGCGCGGCGAGGAGGGGCGCCUAGGACUCGCCGCCCGCACGCCGCAAGCCCCUCCUCUUCCCGCGCAGCGUACGCCUUGCGCGCAAGGGAGUACGGGCGCGAGCGUCCGGACUGUGGCGCGGAGAGUGAGGAGCAGAGAGCGGUGUUUAGAGAGAACGAGAGAGCCGAGAGCAAGACAGAACGCUUUGUAGAGCGGUCCUUGUACUUGAGGGACUACGAGGAGGAUACACAGAGAGCGAUAUAUCGAGACUUAUAAAGU